CAUGUUGUAGGCUGCCAGGAACGUUUUCAUUUAAAGAACUUUUCGUUUUAACGAUGUUUUCGGUUCAUUUCGCUAAUUAUAAAUCUCGUAUCACUACACAUCCUUUUCCGGUGUGCUCGGCUUACGAGAUGACAUCAAAGCGACGUAAUAACGGACGAAAUAAGAAGGGGCGUGGCCAUGUGCAGCCUGUAAGGUGCACAAACUGUGCCAGAUGUGUGCCCAAGGACAAGGCCAUUAAGAAGUUUGUCAUCAGAAACAUCGUAGAAGCUGCUGCUGUUAGAGAUAUCUCAGAUGCUAGUGUAUACGAUGUGUACGCCCUGCCCAAGCUAUAUGCUAAACUUUUAUACUGUGUCUCCUGUGCUAUUCACUCAAAGGUAGUCAGAAAUAGAUCACGUGAAGCCCGUAAGGACAGGACUCCACCAAUUCGUUUCAGACCAUUGAGACAGGACGGUGGUGCACCAAGGCCAGGACAGACUGGUGGAGCAGCUCGUUAAGUUGUAUUUACCAUGUAAACAAUGAAAAAAAAUAAACACCAGAAAGUCCA